GGAGAGCGACAACGCGGUCCUCACCAUCAGCACCAUCAGAAGCUUGUGUGAUGGUGAUGCCGUUAGGAAGGUGAAGCCCUAAGCGUAAGGCCCCACAAACAAACAACAAUGGGCGGGCGAGCGGCGGCGUCACCAACAGGGGCUUGAGGUGCGCGAGGACAUCCCAGCAGACCCGAGGACCACGUGGAUACCCAGGACCGUGUGGCAUGAACGAGUGGGCGGCGUUACAACAACAUAGCAGGCCGCAGGAGGACGGCAUCAUGGAGCGGCCUGAGCUGGUCAACCCUCCAGCCAAGAGGCAACGGAGCGACAUAGUACCAACAAUGGCCCAGACCAGCGAGUCUCCAAGGUUUGCCUCCCCCCUGGCAUGCCUCAGGGUUCAUCCUCACCGGCGGUAUGGCAACGGACCAACUGAAAUUCGCAAACCCAUGUUUCUUGGGGAUUUUUCGCUGGACGAGCAUCGGCGUUUCUGCCGUGACCAGCGCAACCUUCACUUCAUCCACAUGAACUGGACGGGGGACAAGCAGGUUAACUUUGACUUGAACUUGGCCAUGGACAAAGUGGUGAGGAAGAACUACGACGAGACAAAGAAGGAGAGGCUUGACCGCUUGCUACACUGGAUCCUCCUGAACUCUGCAAAGUUUCACACCGUAAAAUCUGUUGGCGGCCCACUGCUAUGUCUGUCAACAGAUUUUGUCUGCUUCAGAGGACUGCUCACCAAGCUUCUGUGCACCCCUUACGAGGGCAGAGAAGGGUGGAUUGUGUGUGCAACCAGAUUCCGCAAGACCAUCUACCUGUGCGCAUACGAUACAGCUGAGAAGCACGCUCAGGAAGUCACAGAGACGGAGGUCCAGAAGAUGAUGUCCUCGUGGGGGUACAAGUUUGAGCAGUACAUGAUAGACGGGGGUGAUCCCAGUGAGGGGGUGAAUGAGAACGAGGAGUACUGCUGUAUGGUGCGUUCCUCCCUCGGGGAACACUCACUGGUGUAUGGGGCCGAGGUGGACGGAGCAGACCCAAGCCUCUACAAAUCUCCACACAGGGACCUCAAGUCCUUUGUGGAGCUCAAGACCUGCAAGGAAGUGACAUCAGAGAAGGAACACAUUACACUACACAGGUACAAGAUGGUGAAGUGGUGGAGCCAGUCUUACCUGGUGGGCAUCAUGGUGGUGUGUGGCUUCCGGGAUGACUACGGAACCAUCCACACCCUGCGGACCUACCAGGUGGAGGAGCUCCCCAAGUUAGCUCAGGAAUACUGGAACCCAGAUGUAAUGUUGAAGUUCGUGAGGUACUUCCUGGACUUUGUAAAGAGCAACGUGCUGGUGGACGACCCACAGACCGUGUACAAGUUUGAGAGGCAUGCCGGGGGGGACAUUACCUGCACCUACCUGGGCCACGACCCUCAGUGGUCAUUUUUACCUGAGUGGUACUAUAAGCAGAUGUUUGUGUCAUAAGAUAACUCAAAAUGGAGAACACCUGCACCUUCCUGGGCCAUAACCUAGACUAGACUUAAUUUUAGUUAUGAAGUAUUAGGGUUAAGGUCUAGAUAACAGUACUUGUAUGGGAUGUGUGUGUGUAUGUGUAGUUUAGCUUAGCAUAGUGUGGUCCAUUUUACAGGGAGGUGAUGGUGACUUGGUGGUGAUUGUUGGAAUAAAAAUAAUUAAGACAAUC